CUCUUCGGCGCUCGCGCGGAAGGGUUUGUACGGUUUGCCGCCGCUCGGGUUUUCACGUCGGUCCCUAGCGGAGUAGUGUGUGUCGAGAGCGCAAAGAAUACAUAUAUCUCUCUGAUGCAGCGCGUUUCUUCUUCCUCCAAAGCCGUCCCCGGCGUCCUCGGUUGCCGUCUCUUUUGAUCUCUCGCGCGGUCGAUCGAGCUCGGUUUUCGCGUCGAGGAAGGAAAGUGAUAUACGUAUAUACACACACAUAUAUACAUAUAUAUAUAUAUAUUUACAUCUCUCUCGACAUAUACAUAUAUAUAUAUAUAUAUAUAUAUAUAUAUACACACACGAAAUAGAAAGAAAUAAAAAAGAAAUAUAUAUAUUAUAUCCACAUCUACAUCUACAUCUACGAUCCAUCAAUAAACAUAUAUAUAUAUAUAUAUAUGUAAAUAUAUACGCGCGAACGCACGCGGAAUUCGGAAAAGCCGGCUUUUCAAAGAGGUAGUGGGGGUAGACGCGAUCCGCGCGUGUCUCCCAGUGUAUGACGUUUACGAGAACGUCGUGAGAGAGAGAGAGAGAGAGAGAGAGAAAGAGAGAGAGAGAGAGAGAGAGAAGGUGGAGGAGAUAUUUAAAAGGAUUAAAAGAAAAACAAGAAGAAGGGAAGCUAUCUCUCUCCAUUUAAUUUUUUUUUUUUGAUGUGAAAACAAUAACAAAGUAAUUGACUUCGUCGUCAUCGUCAUCGUCAUCGUCCUCGUCGUCGUCGUCGUCGUCGUCGUCGUCGUCGUCGUCGUCGUCACGAGGACCGAACGAGAGAGAUUCUUCAUCGUUGUCUGACAAGGGACGAAGAAGAACGAGCACGGCUACUACAACGCUCUCCUAUCCGUCGCCGGCAUUUUGACGUUUGUUUCUACAGUGUCCUUCUCCUUUUCUCUCUCUCCCUUUUUCUCUUUCUCUCUCCCUCUUUAUCGAUCUUUCUCAUUAUUAUUAUUAUUAUUAUUAUUCAUUCCGUCAAACUGUUUUGGUUGAACGUUACGAGAAGAAAGUACAACACUCUCUCUUUUUCUCUCUCUUUCUCUCCCUCUCUCACUCUCUCUCAUUCUCUCUUUCUACUCUUUGCUCUCAGCUCACUGAUUGAUACGAGCCAGGGGCACACUUCUCGUCGCUCGUAUGAUGGAUACUGGCGCGAGUGACUCGUGUACGCGACGCCACUCGAAGCAGACAGAGCGUCGUCGUCGCGUCGUCGCACAGUGAAGUUUGCCCGCGCGUUCUAUCUCUUUCCUACAUCCCUCUUUAUCUAUCUAUAUCUAUCCUUUUCUUUCUUUCUAUCUGUCUGUUUGUCUAUCUGUCUUUAUCCUUCUAUUCCUAUCUUUGUCAUCCUUUUCUGAAAGAGUGCGACGCGUAAGGAAGUGUGUCAGCAUCGAAUAAAUCGUACUCUUGCCGCUCGUGGGAGUAUCGAUCGAAAAGGCAAAGAAGAGGAGGAGGUGGAAGCAGAAGAAGAAGAAGAAGAGGAAACGGAGGAGAAGUAGAAGAAGACGAAAAAGGAAGGAAAAGAGGAAGAGGAGAAAAGAAGAAGAAGAAGGGGAAGAAACAAGCAAGCAAGCAGGAAGAAGUUACCGGGUGUUGUUUCUUCUUCGAUGUUACGCGCACGUGUGCGUGCCGAAACGUGCCGUUCCUAAUAACGUGUAGUAGUAGUUGUUGGUUCGUCUAAAAAAGAAAUAUAUACAUAUAUAUAUCUCUAUAUAUAAAUACAUAUAUAUAUACAUAUAUAUAUAUAUAUCUAUAUAAACGUGCGCGUGAUAAAAAAGAUCCGCGAUUACUCGUGCGACGAUCAGUGAUCGAGCAUCAAGUUUUGGUUAUUGUGCGUCGUAUAUAGUCGUCGUCAUCGUCAUCGUCGUUAUUUUCAUCGUUGCCAUCGUCGUUAUUUCUCGCAGCUAUUAGCUCUAGUCUACAAAGUCCUCCUUCCUUUCUACUUUUCUUAUUGUCAUUAUCUAUCUAUUUCUCUCUCUCUCUCUCUCUCUCUCUCUCUCAUUUUCUUUCUCUCUCCCUUCUUUUUUCUAUUUCCAUCGUUAUCUCCAUGUUCACCGUUGUGAUCGUCUACGAAACUUAAGCAAACUUGUUCUUCGAAGAACGACGAAUAAGAAGGAAAGAGAAAUAAAGUCAACACAACGACGUCACGUAACCAUGGAUAUCCUGCCGAGCGGGAACAUAUUUAGGGAGUUGCAGGACAUACACGAUACCGGAUACUUUUCGGCCCAGCCGUCGCUCGAGGAUCACUGGCAACAGACAUGCUACGAGAUGGAGAGGUACCUGAAGGACGAGCCGAAGUUACAAUCGUACAAAAAGUUGCCCACGGAAUUGGACACAGCACCCUGGAACCUUUUCAGGGCGCCACCUAUUUCGUGGACAGCAACAACCGGCACCGCCAAUUCACAAUUCGAGUCCCCAAUCAAAAUGGAGACGACAGAGAGACGCUUUGUCUGGAGGACAUCAAAUUUGGACCUGGCGAUCACAACCACAAUGGCCGUGAUAGGGAUCUCCUCGAUCGACACCUCGACUCUUUAUCGAUGUCAUCGGCUAGUUCAGCGUGUUCGGCGUUAUCUUGGGAUAGCUCGCCUUCCCUCUCGUGUACGACGCUUAUUCUUAAAAAGGAACCGAGCGAAGACCUAGAGGAGGAUGAGGAACACGAGGAGAUCGAGGAAGAAGAGGAUAGCGGGUGCGAGAGCGAAGGUCAGAUCCUAACACCGCCGUCGAGUCCAGGCUCGGGUCAAGGUCAUUCCAACUCCAGUCACUCGUCGAGCGGUAGUUCGAUGCUCGACGUGCACAACCUCAACCUUCAUGGGACGGGCGGUAGGAGUGCCAUCGUCAGGGUUACCACCAGCAACGCACAGGGCGUCGCGAGACUAAUCUCCAUGACGGCAAAUGGCUUCUCAGCGGUCGCGAGCACACAACACGCGCACACAGGUGCGAGUGCAUCAGCGAGCACGGUAUCCAACAGGCAUCAUGCGAGGAGCCACGAGCACAGCCCACCCGACACGAAGCGCAGGAUACACAAAUGCCAAUUUCCGGGAUGCAAAAAGGUUUAUACCAAGAGUUCGCAUCUUAAGGCCCACCAGAGGACACAUACGGGUGAGAAGCCGUACAAGUGUAGCUGGGAAGGAUGCGAAUGGCGAUUCGCUCGUUCGGACGAGCUAACACGUCACUAUCGCAAGCACACCGGAGCGAAGCCGUUCAAAUGUCGGCACUGCGACCGAUGCUUUUCUCGCAGUGAUCACCUCGCGCUCCACAUGAAGAGACACGUAUAAUCCAUCGUCUCACCGAGCGGUCCUCGAAGCCGCGCGGAAUGGCGACGGUCAACCGAGAGAAACGGCGAUAGAAAGGACGAAAAUAAAGAGAAGAAGAAGAAGAAGAAGAAGAAGAAGAAAAAGAAGAAGAUGAAAAAGAAGAAGAAGAAGAAAAAGAAGAAGAGGAAGAAGGGGAAGAAGAAGAAGAAGAAGAAGAAGAAGAAGAGAAAGAAGAAAAAGAUGGACGAACGAAAAUGGCGUCGUCGAACGUGGCAAAAUGGGCAAGAUCGGGGACAACGAUGACGAUUCGUAGUUGUUAUCGCCGUCAUCGUCAAUGCCAUCGACAUUAUUUCCAACAAAGAGGAUGAGGAGGAGGAUGAAGAGGAGGAAGAGGAGAAGAAGGAAAAUUAGAGGAUUAUGAUGAUGAUGAUGAUGAUAGUAAAGAGGAGGAGGAGGAGGAGAAUCCUCGUAAGUUUUUCGCCUCCUAUCCGAAAAUUCACGUUUGUAUUAGAAAGAGAGUUGACAUAGUUAACAGAGUUAAGAGAGUAAAACAGUAAGAGAGUAAGAGAGAGAGAGAGAGAGAGAGAGAGAGAAAGAGAGAGAAAUUGAGAAAGAGAAUGUGUGUGUGUGCGCGUGUGUGUGUUUGUGUGUGUAUGUGUAUGUGUUUGCGCGCGUGCGUGCGUGCAUGCGUAUGUGUGUUCGCCUUUCGACUUGCAACGAGAGCGAAUCGAACAGCUCGCUUGAAAUUAACGAAGAAGAUUGUUCUUUCGAGAACGUUUCAUUAUACGACAACGCCGUUAGGAUAUUAAAAGAUUAGACGACGUUGUCCUCUAAAACCACCCUACCUUCCUUCGUAUAAAUGGCCGCAACGACGAAGAAGAUAUUAUCCAUUUGUCUUUGUACUACUCAGAGAAAUCAUUCGUCAAAUCUUUUGAUGGCGAUAACGUGUUCUCGAAGAGGAACGAUAUCUCGUUAAAUCUGAAAAUAUUUCUAUUCGUACGUACAGCGUUAGAUGAUCCUUCCUAUUUUUAAAGCAAGAUGAAUAGAAGAAAAAGAACGAUAUAUGUUAAGGGUAGAUCGACGGUCAAGAAAUAAUCAUCGAAUGAAGAAGACACUUUCGUAAAAAAAAGAAGAAGAAGAAAAAGCUGAGGAAGAAGAAGCAGAAGAAGAAGAAAAUGAAGAAGAAGAAGAAGAAGAAGGAGAAGAAAUUUCUUAGAAGACGUACGUUUCCUCCCGCGCUAAGAUCGCAAGAUGAUCUUCGGCCUGAGACCGUCAAUCACUGCCAAUUAAUUACGUUCUAAAAUCCACGCGACCGUCGAUCGUGGAAUGAGAAAGAUGAGAAGAUAGGAAGGAAGGAAGAAAAGUAAAAUGGAAGGAAGGAAGGAAGGAAGGAAACGUGAAUGGAAGAGAUCUUGAUUAAAAAAAAAAGAGAGAGAGAGAGAAAGAGAGAAAAAGAGAGAGAGAGAGAGAAAGGAUGAGAAACGAGACAUUUACUAUUCUUAAAUAAAAACAUCUUGUGUAAGACGGACCGUCUGCCUCUUGCAAAAUGAUCGAAUUCAAUGUAUAUGUACAUAUAUAUAUAUAUAUAUAUAUAUAUAUAUAUAUAUAUAUAUAUAUAUGUACACACAUAUGUAUGUAUAUAUGUAUAUGUACUACGUAUGUAUGAAUUGUAAACGCGUAAUUUCUCUAAUUCAACUACGAUGCGGAUCAGCCGUCUGUCUAUUGAUCGAUCGAUAUCCUACGAAUUUAUUUCUAUUGAACAAUAGAAUCCACACGUAAGUAAGUAAAAUAUUUAGAUCGUCCAACGCGCGAAGACGUUCUUUCGAUAAAAGAGGAAGGACAAUAAAAUUGCAGUCUGCUCUGGUGCCAAACGUUAUUUCCUUUGAACUUCUCAUUUUUUCGCCGUGAAGAAUUAACGAAAAAGAAUGAAACAAAAAGAAAAAAAAAAAAAAAAAAAAAAAAAAAAAAAAAAAAAAAAAAAAAAAAAAAAAGAAGAAGAAAAAACGAAAAAAAAAAAAAAAAAAAGAAAGAAAGAAAGAAAUAAUAAAAAUAAAAACUAAACGAACGUCGUAGAGAUGAUGAGCGCCUUCGCGCGUCGACGCUUUUGCAAUAUAUCGAACGAUCCAAAGGGCCAUAUAUAUAUGUAUAUAUAUAUAUAUACAUAUAUAUAUAUUAUAUUUGUGUAUAUGUACGCAUGCGCGAGAAAAAAAGACAGAAAAUUAUAGAGAGAAAAAAGAGAGAGAGAGAGAGAGAGAGAGUGAGAGAAAGAGUGAGGCGAAGGGAGGAGACAAAUACGAAGCUGCCCGGUAAUCGAAUACGUGAUUUCUACCAGUUUUCGACGAAACCAAAGUUUACCGCGCAGCUAAUCCCGAAUUAACAAUGCAAAUUAUAACGCGAACCUUCGUUGCAAAACCUCCC